AUGGCCAACGACACUGCCGCAGCCUCCGCCGCCAAUGGCGAUGCUCCCAAGUCCACCUUCGCCGUCAAGGCCGGUCUCGCUCAGAUGCUCAAGGGCGGCGUCAUUAUGGACGUGACCAACGCCGAACAAGCCCGUAUCGCUGAGGAGGCCGGUGCUUGCGCCGUCAUGGCCCUCGAGCGUGUCCCCGCUGACAUCCGCAAGGACGGCGGCGUUGCCCGCAUGUCCGAUCCUACCGUCAUCAAAGAGAUCCAGGCCGCUGUCACUAUCCCCGUCAUGGCCAAGGCCCGUAUCGGCCACUUCGUUGAAUGCCAGGUCCUCGAGGCCCUCGGUGUCGAUUACAUUGACGAGAGCGAGGUUCUGACCCCCGCCGAUGACGAGAGCCACGUUGAGAAGAGCCACUUCAACGCUCCUUUCGUUUGCGGUUGCCGUAACUUGGGCGAGGCUCUUCGCCGUAUUGCUGAGGGCGCUGCCAUGAUCCGAACCAAGGGUGAGGCCGGUACUGGUGAUGUUGUCGAGGCUGUCCGCCACAUGAAGACUGUCAACAAGCAGAUCGCUCAGGCCAAGGCUGCCCUUGCCGAGGGAGGCAUCAUUCGUGUCCGUGAGAUGGCUCGCGAGCUCGAGGUCGAUGCUGAGCUUUUGCGCCAGACCGCCGAGCUCGGCCGUCUGCCCGUUGUCAACUUUGCUGCUGGUGGCGUUGCUACGCCUGCCGACGCCGCUCUCAUGAUGCAACUUGGCUGCGAUGGUGUCUUUGUUGGCAGUGGUAUCUUCAAGUCUGGCGACCCAGCCAAGCGCGCCAAGGCCAUUGUCCAGGCCACCACUCACUUCCGCGAUGCCAAGGUCAUUGCUGAGGCCAGUACUGGUCUUGGUGAGGCCAUGGUUGGUAUCAACUGCGACAGCAUGAAGCCCGAGGAGAAGCUGGCCACCCGUGGUUGGUAA